AUGAGCACCGUCACAGGCGUAGCCGCCCUCCUCAGUCGCCAGCUCCGCGAAAUCCAAAAGUCAAAGGACCUUUCCGGCGUCUCGUGUGGUCUCAUUUCCGAUGCGAACAUGUUUGAGUGGGAGAUUAUGCUCAUGAUCUCGGACGAUUGCAAAUACUACGGCGGAGGCAACUUUCGCGCCCGCCUCACCUUCCCACCAGACUACCCACUCAUGCCACCAUCGCUGACUUUCCAAAGUCCCGGCAUCCCAUUCCAUCCGAAUGUCUACCCCGACGGACGCCUGUGUAUCUCGAUCCUGCACCCGCCCGAGGAGGACCAGUACGGGUACGAGAAGGCGAGCGAGAGAUGGAGCCCCGUACAAACGCCCGAGACCAUCCUCGUCAGCGUACUCAGUCUGUUCCACGACUUGAGCGACGAGAGCCCAGCGAACGUCGAGGCUGGAAAGCUACUGCGAGAGGAGAGGGAGGGUAAACACAAGGAGUUCCGUAAAGCAGUACGAAAGUCUGUCAGGGAAAGCCUCGGGGAGGAUUGA